UCUGUGACUCUCUUUUCUCCAGGAGUGUUUGGUGUUGAUGAACUGAAGUCAGUGUCAGUGAUGGAGGGAGAUUCAGUCACUCUAAACUCUGAUCUUACUGAAAUAGAUGAUGAAGAUCUGAUUCUGUGGAGGUUUGGAGCUGAAAACACUUUAAUAGUUAAAAUCAGUUUACUGGAGGGCAGAAUCACUGUAUAUGGUGAUGUUCUUGAUGGGAGAUUCAGAGACAGACUGAAACUGGAUCAUCAAACUGGAUCUCUGACCAUCACAAACAUCACAACUGAACAUGCUGGAGAUUAUCAACUACUGACCAACAGUGUGAGAAAGAGUUUCACUCUCACUGUCCAUGCUCGUCUCCCUGUUCCUGUCAUCAGCAGAGACUCUUCACAAUGUUCAUCAUCAUCAUCAUCAUCAUCAUCAAAUUGUUCACUGGUGUGUUCAGCUGUGAAUGUGGGUCAUGUGACUCUCUCCUGGUACAAAGGAAACAGUUUAUUGUCCAGCAUCAGUGUGUCUGAUCUCAGCAUCAGUCUCUCUCUACCUCUGGAGGUGGAAUAUCAGGAUAAAAACACCUACAGCUGUGUGCUGAACAAUCCCAUCAGCAACCAGACUCAACAUCUGGACAUCACUCACCUCUGUCACACAUGUGCAGAAGUCCACACCCAUUGUUGUGAUUCUGCUGAAGCUGUGCUCCGAUUGGUCGUCACUGCUCUGAUGGGCGUGGCUGCUGCGGCUGCUGCUGUUCUUCUGGUCAAUGACAUCAGAUCUACGAGAAGUUAAAUGGAGGAAACAGAACUGAUGUCAUAAAUAUGGGAGUUUGAAUCAGUAAAGAUGAAAAAUUAUGUGUGGUUUAAUUAUUCACUGAUGGUGAAACAAAGCUUUUCUUUACCUGAAUCUGGUGUAUUGGGGCCAUCUGGUGGCCAAAACAAUGAAUAUUCUGCAAUAAUUAAUUUUAUUCUAAUACCAUCCAUUUUACAUUUCUUUUUGCUUAAUUUAAGUGGUUACUGUUUUCAUUUUGUUUUAUAAUUAUAUGCAGCAACCCCGCAAAUACAAAUGUAAAAACAUUUCUUACACCAAUAAAUCACUGUAGAAUUGAACAUAAAAAGUAACUUUUACUUUUUAGUUACAGUUACAGGCAGUAGAGGCAUUAGUUUGCAGAUCAAUGACUAACACCUUGAUGUAAAAUGAGCAUUUGCUCAUUUUUAGGGCCAAAGCCCCAUAAAGGGCUGAAGGCCCUAUUGUUUUCCUUAGGAAAAUUAUUUUUUUUUCUAAGUUUUUGGGGGUUUUGGGGCCCUUAACAUGCUCAAAAACUCUUGAAACUUUGCACACACAUCGGAAUAGUCGGCCAUCAGGCCUGGCAGAAGCUGGUACCUGGGCGUGGCAGCAGAGCCGGUGUUACAAUAUAUUCGGUUCCUGAAAUAUUCUGUUCCACUGGGUGGCGCUUACACGAAUAUUCAUGAGAUCCUGCUAUUGUGUGCCUGUCCGUGAGACAACGCGCAAGUGAAUGGAACUGAAAAUAUUAGCA